AUGUCGGACAAGGACGAGAGAAGUGACACCAAACCAGCAUCAGAUCUGGAAGGAGCACCGACGCAGCAGGUCUACAGUAAGCAAGGACGAGGAAGUGGCACUAGAAAACCCGUCAGCGAGGGAAUGCAGCGAUUCUAUGAAGACAGAGAUCCCUUCUCCAAAUUCCUCUCUGCUGCAGACGCCGAGGCACAGGCGUCGAACGCUCGAGAUUGGCGAGAUGUCCGUGACGGGAGAAAAGCGCUUCGAGACGUACAGUCAUUGGGACUCAAGGAUUUGACAGUGCAUGAUGUGUCCCCAAGAAAGCCUCAAGUUAUUCAGGUAAAAGAUACUUCUGCCUAUGAUCAUUUUGUCGAAGCUUGUUUUCCGGAAGGCCAAAAUGAAAAGGAUACGGCUGAGGUGAGCCGUAAACGUGCACACGAUGAUACCAGGGUUGAAAGGGGAGAUCUCAAGCGGAAGCGGAUGGAGUGA